ACAACAAAGCAUUCACCACAUCCAUACCAAACGCUCUUCUUCUUCCUCGCUCUCUCACGCACUCGCAGAAUCCGUUGCGACGCUCCACCGCACCGCCGAAAUGGUGAAGGAACUCGGAAUCCGAUCCGCUUCACUGCCGGAGUCCAUUUGCAGCGGUAGCGGCGGGAGCAGUAUGGACACCGGAGAAGACGAGGAGUUCUACGAGAGGAUCGAGGCUCCUAAGUUCGUCGAUUUCACCGCUCCUGAUUAUUUCCGCCCCGACGAUCACUACUGGUUCUGCCUCCGUGUUGGAUGUGAGCAAAAACAUGAAGACUGUGAGAAAAUCUACAAGGAAUUCGUUCUUCGGGUAAUGGCAGCAAGAAGUCCCAAUGUAAGGCUCCAAAAGGCACUAAAUAGAAAUGCUUCAAGAAACAUGAAGUGCCCAAUGACAGUGCCCUCAAAGUAUUCAAAGCCCAGGGUGUCAAGAUUAGCAGUGGCUUCAUCCAUUUCCAGGAAAUUGGGUUAUGAGAAAGAGAAAGUUAAACCUCCUACAAAUCCAAUGUCUACUCCAAAGGCUAAAACAAAGCAAGUUGCAGCCAAAUAUCUUACCACUCCUAGGAGCAAAAAGUGCCUUCCAGAUGCAAAUUCAUUUCGGAGUGUUCAGAAUCCCAAACCUACCACUGUUGCAGUGCCAAAGAAUCGGAUGGCAGCAAAGGCUCUCGUGUUCUCCUCUCCAAAGAAAGCUAUCAGUUUGAAGAAAUCUGUUGAGCUGCGUAUGCCUCUAACAAAGCUGUGUGAAGGGAUGAAGAGGCUUGAGGUAACAAGCCAAAAGAAGCGUUUAUUAGGGCAUUCUAACAGAUCAUUAAAGGAUGCUGGACAUACUCCAUUGAAGUCAAUGCCAUUAGAUAGUGCAGUAAAGGUUAAAACCUCCAAGAAGGAUAAUAGAGUGGCAAAGGUCCCUUCACAGUCCCAACCUCAAGCUGCCAAGAAAGUAAAGCCAGUCAAGUCUGUGAAGGGUAAGAAAGAACGCAACUUGAAGGAGAUAGUUGAAAACGAGCCCUGCAGCAUGGAGGUUGAUGCAGAGAAUGAUAAGCAACAGCUUACUGCUGGUGGAGAGUGCAAUGAUACUGAAUCUCCACAAAUAGAAGCAAACCCAUCCUCAGAGCCUCUAUCCACGGCUCCAAGAGAGAAGCUGAAUUUAUCUAAUGAAGGAAGUGAACAGGAUACAGAAGAAAAUUCAGAGAAUGUAGAGAACUUUAAGAAUCAUUCUACUGAGAUCCAACCAUCUGAAGUGCAAUAUCAUGAAACCGAAUCCACAGAAGGUGAUGACAAAGAGAAUGAUGUAUCUGCCAAUGAAAACAGAACGGUAAAUGAUAACAACAUCGAGACCAAAAUUCUAGGCGAACAGACGAACACCAUAAAAAAGAUAAUCAAACCAGCAGACAAGAAUCUUUCAGGGCUGAAAUUCAAGAAACCAAAGCCUACAAACCCAAAGCCUUUCAGGCUAAGAACUGAUGAAAGAAGCAUUCUUAAGGAAUCUAACUUUGAGAGGAAAGGACAUCAUCCAGACCCUCCCAGUGGAAAUUUGCUAAGAAAACAUGGAGCAGAUACUCAUGGCAAUGGGGAGUCUACAGAGCAACAAAAUAGGGGUGCUGGUAGCAACUGCAAGGGCAAAGAAUCAUCAGACACCGAUAGCAGUUUGAUGACGAAAGGGAGCAGAACAGCAGAAAGAACCAAGAUGUCCAGAGACAAAGUAAGAUCAAAGACAGUCACUAUGACACCGAAAAGACCUAAUGCUUCCCCAUUCCAGGAAAGGAGUGAAAGAUCAGCUACCAGGAAGGUCAAAUCCCCCUUGGAGAAAAAACAAGCCAUGUUUCAAAGGCUUGCGUCAACAAAGAUGGCAAUGGCAUCAUCACCUAGUCGAAAUCUUGAAACGACAGAUAAAAGUUCAUCCUCACGGGGGAAAAGACGAGUGACUGUCGCAAAGGAACCACACUUCCAUACCACUCAUGUUCCAAAAAAUUGCAGUAGAAAGUUGACAUAGACACAGCUUCUGCUGCAUCUUUUAGGGUCAUCCUCAAGGGCUAAAAGACAACGGGUGACACUUCUAAUUCCACUCAUGUUCCAACAAGUUGUGCACUAUAAAGUUAACAUGAGAUUGUUGUUCAAUUGUUUAUUGAAUUGUGUAAUGUUUAACUGCAAUGACACAUUACACUAUAUUGCUUAUUACUUUUAAUUGUUUGUGUGACUGAGUUUUCCAGAAGUGUUGUAGGCAUGUUUAUAUUUUUGUAACCAAUUUGUACACAAUCAUGGUUUGUCAUCUCUGUAAUAAUAGGAUGGAUGAUCAUUUCUUUCAUCUGCUGUUUAUCUUA